AUGGUGGCUUGGGCACCGCCGCAGAAGGUGCUGGCCCACCCUUCCGUCGGUUGCUUUGUGUCUCACUGUGGCUGGAACUCCACCAUGGAAGGCGUCAGGAACGGGAAGCUCUUCCUUUGCUGGCCAUACUUCGCAGAUCAGUUUCUGAACCAGAGCUACAUUUGCGACCAUUGGAAGGUGGGUCUGAGCUUGACGCCUGACAAAAGUGGGAUAUUCAAGCGUGAACAGCUCAAAUCCAAGGUGGAAGCGCUGCUGGGGGAUGCGGAGAUGAGUGCAAGAGCGUCGUCGUUGAAGGAGAAAGCUCAAAGGAAUACUGACCAAGGAGGGGCUUCAUUCCACAAUCUCAAGAGGUUCAUCCACACUAUCAAGGCGGCGAAUCCUUAA